CAUAAUUUCAUUCACAUUUCGUUCAAUUUCAAUUCAUUAAAAUGCAAAAAAGUAGCAUGUGAAUAUUUACUGCAAUAUUAAUUGGAAUUAAAUGAAUUAAUUUAAUUUAGUAAUCUCGUUACCCUCCAAUUCACAUUUAACAAUGACUUCGACGACAUCGACAAACAGGGGAGAUUCUUUUGACGAAUUUUACACAGAGGUUAAAGAAAUUGAAAAACGUGACUCCGUUUUGACACCUAAACAACAGAUUGAGAGGCUCCUUCGUCCUGGAUCCACUUAUUUCAAUUUAAACCCAUUUGAGGUACUUCAGGUUGAGCCUGAUGCUACACUUGAUGAAAUCAAAAAGAAAUAUAGGAGAUUGUCAAUUCUUGUCCAUCCGGAUAAGAAUAUGGAUGACUCGGAGCGUGCUCAACAAGCUUUUGAAAUAGUGAAUCGAGCUUGGAAAACAUUAGAAAAUGAUGACACAAGAAAAAAAUGUCUGGAUAUCUAUGAAGAGGCUAAGGAACGAACAGAUCAUAUGAUAGAACAGAAACGGAAAAAGCUGAAAAAGGAAAACCGCUUAAUAGAAACCAUUCCUGAAGAUGAUCCGGAGAAAAAAAAACAUGCCGUAUAUGUUAUGACCAUGAAAUUAUUUGCAGACAUGGAAAGGAAGCGUCAGCAUCUUGAAGUAAGAGACAUGGAGGAAAGGAAACGAAAACGUGAGGCUGAAAUUGAACAGGAGACUCAAGUGUCCUUAGAGAAAGAAUGGGCAAAGAAUUUUGAGGAAUCUCGACAGAGUCGCGUCGAGAGCUGGAAGACCUUCCAGUCCACGAGUAAAGAUAAAAAGAAAAAGAAAAUACAAUCGUUCAAACCUCCUAAACCGAAACCAGAGAGCAGAUAAUUAUAGUAAUAGAAUUAAACGUUUUCUAAGAUAGAAUUAUAUGUUGAAAUUGAUGCCUUCAAAAACGAAUC